UACUUACCACAUAUCACCAUCACAUUCAUAGAAAAUCAAGUCAUCACAUUCAUAGAAAAUCAAGUCCCAAAAACAUUGGAAGAAUAAUAAGAACCAUAAGAUAAAUAUAUAUGGAGGUAACAAGAUCAAGAUUUAAAAGUGUUUGUGUUUUUUGUGGUAGUAGUGCUGGCAAAAGAGACUGUUAUAAAGAUGCUGCUCUUGCUUUAGGCCAAGAAUUGGUCAAAAAGAAACUGGAUCUUGUUUAUGGUGGAGGGAGUGUGGGGUUAAUGGGAUUGGUUGCACAAGAGGUUCAUAAAGGUGGUGGCCAUGUUUUAGGGAUUAUUCCCAAGACUCUAAUGUGCAAAGAGAUAACAGGUGAAACAAUAGGAGAACUAAAAGCAGUGUCUAAUAUGCAUCAGAGGAAAGCUGAGAUGGCUCGUCAUUCUGAUUGCUUCAUUGCAUUACCAGGUGGAUAUGGAACAUUGGAGGAAUUAUUAGAGGUCAUAACAUGGGCCCAGCUUGGAAUUCAUGACAAGCCAGUGGGCUUGUUGAAUGUGGAUGGUUACUACAACUCGCUGCUUACCUUCAUUGACAAGGCAGUGGAUGAUGGGUUCAUUAUGCCAGCUCAGCGUCACAUUAUCGUUUCUGCACCAAACGCAAAAGAUCUUGUACAAAAACUCGAGGAUUACGUACCGAUGCAUGAUGGAGUGGUAGCAAAGGCAAGAUGGGAGGCUGAACAAGUGGAGCUAAAUGCAUCUUUGCACUCUGAGUUAGCCAGAUGAUGAAAAUGACUAAUUUGGACAGUUUUAGUUAUCUCCAAUUAAUACUUUUUCUUUGUAUCAUAUUGUACGCGCUUUCUUAAUAUAUAAGGGUGUUCUAGGAAGAGUGUAAUUGUAAAUAGAGUGUUUCCUAGAAUUCCUAAUUGUAAUUAUAUAUGGGUCGUUACUUGUUAGUUGUUAUGUGAAGUGUAGCUAGCUAGGUUUAUUGAUCGAUAAAUUAAAUGAUGAUAUUAGUUUAUUUUGUUA